AACACACCUAAAAUUGUAAUCAUUAAUUCAAUUUAAAACAUCUAUCAGCUAUUAAAUUAGCUAGAGAAAUGUAAUGACACUGUGAUCACAGAAAUCAAUUUGGUAUUUCGUUUCACGCGAUUGCAAGAGGUGUCCGGUUGGUCCCGCACAAGUAAAGAAGAAGAUUCGCCAAUUUUUCAGUUUUAUAUAUAUAUAUUUUUUAAAAACAUGAAAGUGUUAGAAACGCAUAAUCCAGGUUAUGAUUUGGAUUUGGGUUGGUUAAAUAGUGUAAAUAUCAACUUAACUUCAAUUAACAAAUUAGCAAAAGAGUUGCCUUUCUCAAAGGAAUUAAAAGAUAAAUACAGAGCUGCCUGGAUAUUAAAAGCAAUUACAUUAAUUGACCUUACCACUUUGGCUGGAGACGACACUUUCAGUAACGUAUCUAGGUUGUGCGUUAAAGCGGCGAAACCUGUUGCAGAAGACCUACUUAGUGAACUAGGUUAUGAGUACAACAAAGACUGCCCUAUUCACACAGCUGCAGUUUGUGUAUACCCAUCCAGAGUGCCGGAUGCAGUAUCAUCUCUUAAAAGGCUUGGUUUUUACGAAAAAAUCAAUGUAGCAUCUGUAGCUACUGGAUUCCCAUGUGGCCAAACUCCUUUAAAGACGAGACUGGAUGAAAUCAGAUAUGCAGUGGACCAAGGAGCAAAUGAAAUUGACAUAGUGAUAGACCGAAGCCUAGUUCUGACUGGUCGCUGGGAAGACCUGUAUCAGGAGAUUAAACAAAUGAAAGAAGCCUGUGGGGAAGCACAUAUGAAAACAAUUUUAGCUACCGGUGAGCUCGGAACUCUUAAUAAUGUUUAUAAGACCUCUAUGGUCGCCAUGAUGGCUGGCGCAGAUUUCAUUAAGACUUCUACAGGCAAAGAAACAGUCAAUGCCACCUUACAAGUUGGUAUUGUUAUGUGUAGAGCUAUAAAAGAUUAUUAUAACAAAUAUGGAUACAAAGUGGGGUUUAAACCUGCAGGGGGAGUUCGGAACACCAAAGAUGCAUUGGCGUGGCUUGUCUUAAUAAAGGAGCUACUUGGAACAGAGUGGUUGACUCCAGAUUUAUUCAGAUUUGGAGCUUCGGGUCUUCUUGGAGAUCUGGAGCUAAAUUUAUAUCAGUUCAUUACUAAGAAAUACCCAGUAGCAUAUGAGUUUUCUAUGGGCUGAUUUCGUACUCAUUUUGGGGACACAUAU